AUGACGUGUCGAGAUGGGGCCAAUCGUUUGCCUUGAUUUUCAUUAUGGGCGGGACAAACGUUGCGAGCCCAGAAAUCGAAGCCAAACAGAAUAAACAACUAAGUUAGCAAGUCGGUUAACCUUUAUUUACUGAUAUGGCCUCAAGGGCGACGGAACCAGCGACAUGUCCAGACUCAACACCACCAGAGUCCUUAGUACCAGCUUGCAUGUUCGCACCGGACCACGGAAGUGCCAAUGAUCCAUCGGGUGGAGAAGGCUUUGAAGACGGCGAGGGGACAAAUGGGGAGUCUGUGGAUCAUUUAGACCUGAGCAACAAGCUGGUUCUUGUGAGCCCAACAGGAGAACAGUAUGAUUCAUUACUGCGACAACUAAGAGAGCGAAUAGAAGAAGGCUGUGGAGAGACAAUCUAUGUAGUUGGAAUGGGAUCAGAUGGAGGUGAUUAUGGUUUGGAUGAAAAGGACAUGGAAGCGUCAGUGGCGACAGUGCGGUCGCUGUGUGAACAGAUUGAGGCAGACUUAAUCCUGCUGAGAGAGAGGACCGAAAGUGGUGGAAAGAUUCGGGACUACCUCAUUCGCCGGCGUGUAGGGGAGCAGGAUUUCCUUGAAGUCAGAGUUGCAGUUGUUGGUAAUGUGGACGCGGGGAAGAGCACCCUGCUUGGUGUGUUGACCCAUGGCGAGCUGGACAACGGCAGAGGCUUCGCUCGCCAGAAGCUCUUCAGACACAAGCACGAAAUGGAGAGCGGCAGGACCAGUAGUGUAGGCAAUGACAUCCUGGGCUUUGACCAGGAGGGACAGGUUGUUAACAAGCCAGACAGCCACGGUGGAGGUUUAGACUGGACGAAGAUCUGUGAGAAAUCCUCAAAGGUCAUCACCUUUAUUGACCUGGCUGGCCAUGAGAAGUAUCUGAAAACCACUGUGUUUGGCAUGACGGGCCACCUCCCAGAUUUCUGCAUGCUUAUGGUUGGCAGCAACGCCGGCAUAGUUGGCAUGACUAAAGAGCAUCUUGGUCUGGCAUUAGCCCUGAACGUACCAGUGUUUGUAGUUGUUACAAAGAUAGAUAUGUGUCCAGCUAACAUCCUGCAAGAGACACUAAAAUUACUACAAAGAUUAUUAAAGUCACCAGGCUGCAGAAAAAUCCCAGUACUAGUCCAGAACAAGGAUGACGUCGUCGUCACAGCCUCCAACUUUAGUUCGGAGAGGAUGUGUCCCAUUUUCCAAAUCUCAAACGUGACGGGGGAGAACAUGGACCUGCUGAAGAUGUUCUUGAACCUCCUCUCCCCGAGGACCACUUUUAACAAUGACGAGCCUGCAGAGUUUCAAAUAGACGACACGUACUCUGUACCGGGUGUGGGUACAGUAGUUUCUGGUACUACACUACGGGGAUUAAUACGACUCAACGACGCGUUACUCUUAGGCCCAGACCCGCUUGGCACCUUCAUCCCCAUUGCUGUGAAGUCCAUCCAUCGCAAAAGAAUGCCUGUUAGAGAAGUUCACGGUGGACAGACAGCAUCCUUCGCUCUUAAAAAGAUUAAAAGGUCAUCGAUAAGAAAAGGAAUGGUGAUGGUGUCUCCAAAGCUAAUGCCUCAAGCUACCUGGGAAUUUGAGGCUGAAAUAUUGGUGCUUCACCAUCCAACCACAAUAUCUCCAAGAUACCAGGCCAUGGUCCACUGUGGCAGCAUCAGACAGACUGCCACUAUCCUGACCAUGAACAAAGACUGUCUAAGGACAGGGGACAAGGCUUCAGUCCAUUUUCGCUUCAUUAAGACACCCGAGUAUCUUCAUUGUGAUCAGAAGCUUGUAUUCAGGGAAGGUCGUACCAAAGCCGUAGGCACCAUAAUUAAGCUUCUCCAGUCAGUGAGCACACAAGCUGCCAAAACCCAGCAGUCCAAGUGUCAGGCCAAUAAGAAGUCUUCUAGAGAGGGUGGAACAGGGAAUGAGGACACUGGAUCAACAGUACGACCGCACAGUCCAACAACAUCGACAGCGGCAGAGGACGAAGCUCUAUGUAAAGAUGACAACAAAGAAAACAAGCCUGGUGUCGAUGUCUGUGUGCAGCUGAAAUCAGGGAGCGGAGGCCGUCGACGAGGUGGUCAGAGACAUCGAGGGAAAGCUCAAAAUGCUGCAACUAUGUCUUCAGCAAUGCCCACAGGAGCGGCAGGCUCAUCCUGAAGGCUCGAGAUUUGCUGCAUCAUCAUCAGCCCUCUGCUAGUUGUCUACAAAAACAUUGGCCCCUUAUCUCUUGUUUCUUCAAUACAAGGUGGAAUUCUCAAUGGGUUGUUGAAAGUCAUAUUAAGAUUAAAAACGUGUUUGCAUUUGUGUAUUUCAUUAGAUGAUGCCCUAGUUUAUUAGAAAUGUUUCAGAAACGUUCACCAUAUUUGUAGUUCUUCAGAACUCUGCCAGUCUGCAAAAAUGUGUUUUUGUUUUACUGUACACUUGUGCUCACUUUUAACUGCCCUCGUCGGUCCUUUUGAAUGGAACCAAGGCUGCGUCGAUCAAGCAAAUUUGAGAUAAGCACCAUGUUUUCUGUUGUUCAAAAGUUCCUUUUUUGAAGGAAGAGGCGGUGUAAUUUUGGUUUUGGAGUUGACUUGACAGUGAGUACAUGCCAAACUUGUUGGUUAGAGAAUUCUGACAGUAAGUGCUCAGCAAAGUGCGCAGUAAAUGUAGCUCAUUUGUUAGUUACUAUGAUCACGGAUGGUAGCUGUUAAAAACCUUCUAAAGAGGUUCUUGGUGUAAGAAGAUAGUGUUAAAUUUGACAAUAUAUUGGAAAUCGAACAAAAAACACCCGAAUGCCAGAAAAUUGUUGCUUUUACUGCAUUUAAAAUAACAAAACAUUUGGAAAAUGGAGAAGUUGGUCUCUCCUUUUUUUUUUAUCCAUCUUGCUGAGGUUUGAUCCCUUAUCUGUUUUAUACUGUACCAUUUGCACAUUAAUACAUUUAGUCUUUACAGCUAAUCUAAACUAAUUUUUUGUUAUCGGUGCAAACUUGGUUUUGGUUUUUCCUCAGGUCCUAUUGAUGGUGAACAAGGGAACAUAUUACUGUAUAUUAUUGAUCUAUGAUGAUGACUUCUAGGUCAAAAAAUCUCACUCUGAAGAUACAACAACUCGAAUGCCAAGUAAGAACAUAUUUGACAUAUUUGUCACUAAAUUGUGGCUGCUCAUUUUCACUUCAUACUCCACACAAAUGAGCAAGACGCAGCAAUUUUCUCAUUCCAUAUGCUGACAUAAAAGAUAAAAUAUUUUUCUUCAAUAAACAAAUACACAGAUACGAUUAUUCAUUUUUUAUUCUUUAUAUUUUCCUUUGCAAAUUUUAAACCAAAACCCAACCCAAAACCAAAUUUUUGCCUAGAAUUCAAAAAUAUACAGUUCACUAGUUCUUUUUAUUGUCAUUGUGUCAACAAAUUCCACAAUGAAGAAACAAAAACUACACAUUUUGCAAUUUCUUUUCUCAGUUUUUUUCAUUUUACAUGCAACCCAUAUUUGACUAGGUUGCAUGAAAUUAUUUUUCAAGAGACAUUUUGUGUCUAUGUACCAAAACGCAGGUUGUGUGGAAGGAUAAAAAAAGCAAUUUUAUUUCAAGUGGUGCCAAUUUUUAUGCAAGUCCUUUUAAAUAAAUUUGCUAGAGAAAACUGA